AUGUCUAAUACUCCUAAAAAUAAAGUAAUCCCUACUACAGAUUAUAGGAAGAAGUCUAGAUUAAAAGAAAUCUAAGCCAAAAUGAAACAGAAAAUGAUAUAGUCUGGAGCUCAAACUCAAUCUCAAAAUAAUACUCGUUUUAGUGUCUUGGAAAAUAAAUUAGGUCUCAGGGCUUUAUCAAAAUCAGACAGGUUUGAUGUUGUACUCAAGGAAUUUAAAGGACUCGACACUUUUUUUACCAUUAAUGAACUAUUGUAGGAAUUAAAUACUGUUGGUGUGGAUGAUAGAAAAACUGAAAUCUAAAGAGACAAAAUUAAGAUAUUGUUAGAAUAAGAAAGAAUUAAAAGGUGGAAAACUCAAUUCCCUUAACAUUUAGAAUUCGAAUCAAAUACAAGGUUCAGUGUUAAAAGUGAACUCCUCCUAAAAGCAAGAAACUAGUUGGAUUUGGAAAAAUAUGAACCAUAAUUAUUUGAAACUAUUCAAAAUCUUAAACCAUACCUUAAAGACAAAUUCAAAGAUAUAGAUUUGAGAGAAAAUCCAUAACUUCAACUAUUCAAGGACAUCACUGACAUUAGAUAAAUUGAAAAAGAAUAAAAGAAAAGCAUUUUGGCCAGAUUGAAUACUAAUAUUGAAAGCAUAACACAAAUUCAACCAUCAAAAGAAGCUAAAAAUCAAGAUUAUUAUGAUACCUUCUAAAGUGAAGCAGACAAAUUAAGAGUUAGACUCAGAGAACAAUAAUUGGAAUUUUUUAAUAAAAAAUGGGGCAACUCUAUUGUUAAAAUGAAGGUUAAAGAUUAGCAAUUUAAAAGACAAGCCCAAAAUAAUUUUAAAAGAAUGCAAACCAUUUAAGUUUAAAAUUAAGAGAGAAGAAAAAAGGCAGCCAGAGAAACCAUUACAGAUCCAUUUAUGAAAGAAUUGAUUUCUGAUGUAUGUUAUGAGGAAGCUGAAAUGAUGGAAGAGAAAAAAGAAAUUCAAUAGAUCUUCCGAUAAAUGUAGCAGACUCAUGAUGGUUUUUAUAAAAAAUAUGAAGAUCCAGAAGUAAUAGGAUUGAGAAUGAUUACUAAAUGA